UUCAACCGACCUUUCUCUCCCCCUUCCUACGUCUUCGAGUAACUUCUUUAUCGACGGCGCUGCUGCUGUAACACUUUUCACCCGGCAAGCGCGUUUGCUUUAGUCAAUUCAAUAGGCAUUUUGUGUUUUGUUUCUAUAAUCAACGACAAGGAAGGAACGACGAUCAAAUGGACUCGUGUUCUGUUUGUUGAUUCCGAGAUCUCCUUUUAGUUUUGUAUAAUUCAAAUCCGACAUCACGAAGGAAGCUUUAAAUUCGAGUGUUUUCGUAUUGACUGAUGGAAAUUGAGGAGGGGACAACGAGCGAUUUUUGUGAGAUAAUUCCGGUUUCUAGAUCGAGGAAGGAUAAGCAAUCGAGUGCAGAGAGCUACGAGGAUGAGCGGAGAAGAACGCGGAUAGGAACACUGAGGAAAAGGGCGGUAAACGCAUCGACGAGGCUCACGCACUCACUCAGGAGGCGAGGAAAGCGGAGAGUCGAGUGCAGUGACCUUUGGUUUCCGAUCGACGAUGAGCGUGAUGAGGAGGAAGAGGCCGCAGUGAACACGUUCAGGAAGGCACUGAUUGAACGGGAUAUGCUGCCUCCACAGCAUGACGAUUAUCACAUGAUGAGGAGGUUUUUGAAGGCAAGAAAGUUUGACAUCGAGAAAACAAUUCAUAUGUGGGGCCAGAUGCUUCAGUGGAGAGAAGAAUAUGGGGCUGAUUCAAUUUUGCAGGACUUUGUUUUUGGAGAACUUGAAAAGGUGCUGCAAUAUUAUCCUCAUGGAUAUCAUGGAGUAGACAAAGAUGGCAGACCUGUAUACAUUGAAAGACUGGGCAAAAUUAAUCUGAAUGAGCUCACUUCUAUCACUACAAUAGACAGAUACUUGAAAUACCAUGUUCAGGAGUUUGAGAAGGCGGUCAGUCAGAAGUUUCCAGCCUGUUCAGUUGCAGCUAGGAGGCAUAUUGACACUACUACAACAAUUCUGGAUGUGCAUGGAGUGGGUGCCAACCACUUCAGCAAGACUGCCUACGAGCUUAUUUCUGGCAUGCAAAAAAUUGAUGGUGACAACUAUCCCGAGACAUUGCACCGCAUGUUGAUUGUGAAUGCUGGUCGUGGUUUUAAACUACUAUGGCAUACUGUAAAAGGUUUUCUAGACCCAGGAACAGCGGCUAAGAUACAUGUCUUAGGAAGCAGAUAUCAGAGUAAACUAUUGGAGUUUAUAGAUUCAAGCCAACUUCCAGCUUUUCUAGGUGGCUCCUGUACUUGUGCAAGUGAAGGUGGCUGUCUUAGAUCCGAUAAAGGACCAUGGAAGGAUCCAGAUAUAAUGAAGCUCAUACACAAUCGACAAGCAUCUCUUUUAAGACAAAAGACAACAGUACAUGAAGGGCAAGAGAAACUUGAUUUGCAGGGAAGAGACCAAUUUUCAGAGGGCAUCAGUACUGAGGUAUCGACUGCUGAAUCAGGGUCUGAUAUUGAUGAGGCUCUUUAUCCUUCAGGUUUAAAAGGUUUUGCCACUACCCACUUGGCUACUGUUAAUGAAGAAUACUUUCUGCAGCCCAGGACAAGCAAUUCUGGUACUCAUUGCAGCAUUCAGCAAGCUUCCUCUGGUGCUGAAAAAGGUGGGUCACUGAUGAAUACAUUGAAUAGUUCAGAAGUGAGGAUGUUCGUCUUCAACCACAUGUCCCCUAGGCAGGGUGACAAUGUCAUUCAAAGAGCAUGGCAGAAUAAUUUUCUUGUAAGUUUAUCACGGCUAUUUGCUGGAGUCAUUGCUAGACUCCUGGCAUUUAUCCUUCUAAUUUUCUGUGGUUUGGGGAGAAUGGUAUCUACGCAUCAUACGGGUGAAAGACUGAACUUGGGUACAAGGAAUUUCUCGAGGUCCAAUCCUAGAAGCCUUUCAGAAAGUUCUGGGGCUCAAAUUUCAGACGAGAAUGUGAUGACAUCCUGCUUGCAGCGGCUACAGAACUUAGAAAAAAAAGUAAGUGAGCUGACUAAAAACCCAUCCAAAAUUCCUCCAGAGAAAGACAGUGUGCUGCUUGAUUCUUUCAGCCGUAUCAAAUCUAUUGAGUUUGACCUAGAAAAAACAAAAAAGGCAUUGAAAGCAACUGCUUUGAAGCAAAUGGAACUUGCAGAAUCACUAGAUUUGCUGGAAGAAGUAACUCCACAGGAUGGCUAAGAUUCUGCUUGUGCUCGUCUUAUCCAGUCUUCAGAAGUUGGACAUAUGUUUGAUCAAUUAUUGGAAACCAAGAGUUUAUUCUGUACAUAUAAGCGGAGAAAAUUUUUGCAGUUCCAGGAUGGACUUGAAAGUCCAAGGCAUAAGAUGGUGAUGAAGAAAUGUCGUUGGACGUUCUUUUCUCUCAGUUCUGGGCAUCUGAAAUGAGUCUGGCAUGUGAGGCAAGGUCUUUGCCCUCCAUAUCCUGCUUAUAUGUUUCCGGUGUCCCCCAUUUCAAAUAUGUUCCCUGUUUGAAUUACAAAAUAGGGUUAUAAAGUCCAUAUUUAGGUGGGCGGGCUGUGGAUCUUUAAGUCAAGUUUGGCGUGUUCACUGUGGUUCUUCACACUUAGGCUUGCCUUGUACUUUUUAUUUACUUUAUCGAUCUUAGGCAAGUAUCAUCAGUUCUCAGCUGUUUUAGCUUGCUUCUCUUGGGUAUCAAGUCAUAUCUUCCGUAAUAAGUCUGAUUUAUUAAAUUAUAGUUGUUGCAACUCUUGGUCAGGUGUGGUUCUCUUUGUUCGCGUGAACAGUUUUGUUAGGUUUCUGUUUCAUGGGUAUUCAAGUGACUGUUCUUUAUGUGUUUACUUACAGCUGAUUUGGUGUGCAGCUGAUUAAGAGUGUGCAGAUCUUCCUUGCAGACUGUAAAUGUUUUGCUUCUUCCCAUUUUUCAUGUCAUUUAUGCCGCAAGUGAAAUCAUAUGUACCACAAUGGUAGCCAAUUGUACAUGUAUUUUCUUUAGUA